UUGAGUUCAAUGGCCGAACCAAUACAAUUGGAUCCGAACGAAAAAAAUGUGGAGAAUUUCUUGACACAAAUUAUGCGAAUUGAUUCAACAUCCAGAAAUGAAGAGACACUUUGUGUGGCUUUGACACGGUACUUUGAAUCGAUUGGAUGGUAUGUUAUUCGACAACCGUUAAAAAGUGAUCCGAAAAGGCAUAAUCUGCUGAUAACCAGGGUUCCGUACGUCGCUCCAGGUCCGAGAUAUGUGAUGAACACACACAUGGAUACUGUGCCACCAUUCAUUGAACCAGUUAAUGACGGUUUCACGAUUAGAGGACGAGGCUCGAACGAUGCGAAAGGUCAGCUAGCAGCUAUGGUGUUUGCGAUUCGACGAAUAGAAAACGAAUAUAAAGAAUUGGCAAACGAUGUUGGCUUAUUGUUAGUAGUUAAUGAAGAGGUUGAUCAUAUUGGUAUGAUGGAGGCAAAUAGCCUCGGUUUAGUGCCCGAAUACCUCAUGGUUGGAGAACCGACUGAACUGAAGUUUGGACGUCUACAGAAAGGAGCCGUCAAGGUUACUCUUAAAGUGCACGGUAAAGCAGCUCAUUCUGGCUAUCCACAUAUGGGUGAAAGUGCUAUCGAUAAACUGUUGGAUAUACUGCAAGAUAUUCGAUCACAUAAGUGGCCUGCUGAUGAAUUUUUUGGGCAAACAACUGUAAAUAUUGGUCUCAUAUCUGGUGGUCAAGCUCUAAACGCGUUGGCUGAGAAUGCAUCUGCCUCAAUGUUUUUCCGUGUUACCACCUCAACAGCUGAUAUUCUUCACCAACUAAAUGAGAUCGUCGCAGGACGUGCCGAAAUUGAUCGAUCUUAUGGAGAAAACGAACCGAUCCGUUUGACAGAGCCACCUUCACCGUACGAAUCGAGUGUGGUAUCGUUUAAUACGGAUUUGCCAUACUUUAUAGCUCGCAAUAAACUGAAAGGUGCAUUCUUGUUUGGUGCUGGCUCUAUAACGAACGCGCACUCUGCCGACGAACAUAUUCUUAUCGAUGACCUCAAAAAAUGUGUCGACAUUCAUGUGGAUAUUUGUGUGCGUACAUUAGUUGGCCAUUAA